AUGUAUUCCUUCAAUCCGUCAGGCCCAACUUAUGAGCAGUCUGCCACAGUUGACGCGCCCGGGUCAAGGAUGAUCAGAGCAGCCAGCACUCUAUACUUCGCCUAUGGGAGCAACUUGCACCUCGCCCAAGUGGCCCAUCGCUGUCCCGGAAGCGUUUUCAAAGGAAAGGCCACUCUCGAGUCUUAUCGCUGGCAGAUCAAUGAGCGUGGAGUUGCCAACGUCGUUGAAUCUGGAAACGAGCACUCAGUCGAGGGCCUUCUCUACAUGAUCGGUCCCAAAGAUGAAAGGACUCUGGAUCGCUCGGAAGGCGUGUCAAAAGGCUUUUACCAGAAGUAUCUCAUGAGAGUUUCCUUCGAACCUCAUCCGCAAUACGCGAACUUUAAGACUGGUCGAUUAUCCCAUCUACUUGAGCAGCGCCGGGACUCGAUGAGCGGCGAUGUGGCUCGUUUUCCGAACAAUGCCAAUCGCAAAGUGAGAUUCAAUGCACCACCUCACAUUGAUCCUAUAUCUUACAUGGACGGCGAGGAGCGUUCAGGGCGCCAUUCACGCACCGAACAAGUCAAAGCAUUGGUGUAUGUUAGCGAGGACUACACUACCGAUGGCUCCAUCAGAGAGGAGUACAUCGCGAGGAUGCAAAACGCCGUCAACGAUGCAGUAUCACUUGGUGUCUCUAAACCAUUUGUGAACAAAUACAUCGUCCCAUUUCUCGACUGCGAGCAAAUCUGGCACUUGUCCGAGAGAAAGUCUACAGAAAUACAUCACGAACAGCCCAGGAAGCUGCUUGAACUGGAAUCUGAGACAGAUGCUCAAACUAUCCUUAAUGAAGAGCCAAAGGAAGAGCAACCUGACGACAAACCUCCAGUGGAGAACAAAGUGGCGGACGUCUCAGGUUCGGCGACUGAUGAAAAGUCGAGUGACGUGGAUAUGAACGAAGAAACAAACCAAGAAGGUAAGAUCAACCUUGAUCACAUGUUUGAUGUAUUCGCCGCCCUUGUUUUCACCGCAUUCAAGGAGGAUGACCUGUCUGGGCAUAUCGAUCUGUCGAAGCUCAGAACAGAAAACCGUGACGAGAAUGGUGGCUCCAGCAUUUUUCCCACUGACUUAUUGGAAGCUGUUGAUAAGGUCAACCAAUCCACCGUAGACGGCAGUGGGAAAAAUAUUUAUGUUGUCAUUGUCAAACAGAAGGGUACAGAGGCUAAUUCUGGCUUCAGCGUCGCCUCAGCGUCUAAGGGGAUUCAAGUGGCUAAUGAGCUUGCUAUGAAAGACUUUAAAGAGUUGUGUGCGCUGAACGCAAAGCCAGUGGUGGAGGAAGAAGAGCCGGAUGUCGUGGUUGCCAAAGAGGGCUCUCCCGGAGAUUUGACCUGGAAGCUAGAAGAAGACGCUUAUCUUCGUCUCAGCAGUGCAAGACCUGGAGAGGAGCCUUGGUUGAUGGUAUGGGUGGAGUCAAAACAGCUGCUGGACUGUCGUUAG